GGGUCCUCGCCCACCAUGAGCGGGACGGUGCUGGCCGGGACCCCCAUCGCCGUGGACUUCUGGAGCCUGCGGAAGGCGGCCGGCGCUCGUCUCUUCUUCCUGUCCCAUAUGCACUCGGACCACACGGUGGGGCUGUCCAGUACCUGGUGCCGCCCGCUGUACUGCUCCCCGCUCACCGCCCGCCUCCUGCAUCACCGCCUGCAGGUGCCGAAGUGCUGGAUCCGGCCACUGGAGGUGGGGCAGAGCCAUGUCGUGGGUGAGGUGACGGUGACGCUGAUCGACUCCAACCACUGCCCUGGCUCCGUUAUGUUCCUCUUUGAGGGUACCUUUGGCACCAUCCUCUACACAGGAGAUUUCCGCUACACGAGCGCCAUGCAGGGCGAGCCGGCGCUGAGGGGCCGCCACAUCGACCGCCUGUACCUGGACAACACGCACUGCCACCCCCAGCGGGCCCUGCCCUCGCGGGCGCUGGCCACCCGCCAGGCUGCCCGCCUCAUCCGUGCCCACCCGCAGCACCACGUGGUCAUCGGUGUGUACACCCUGGGCAAGGAGACGCUGCUGGUGGAGCUGGCGCUGGAGUUCAGCACGUGGGUGGUGGUGAGCCCCUGGCGCCUGGAGCAGAUGCGGCUGCUGGAGCUGCCCGAUGUGUUCACUGCUGAGGAGGGCACGGGCUGGAUCCGGGCCGUGGACGUCGCCGAGAUCUGCUGGGACACGCUGGUCACCUGGAAUGCGCAGCACCCCACCAUUGCCAUCAUCCCCACGGGCAGGCCCGUGAAGGUCACCCACCCCAAGAUCCACCUCGUCCCCUACUCGGAUCACUCGUCCUUUGAGGAGCUGCGUGAGUUUGUGAAGUGGCUGAAACCCUGCUCCAUCAUUCCCAUUGUGAAGGAUGACAUGUGCCAGGUUUACUUUCAGGAAUAUCUGAGCUCUGCUCCCCAAGUACUUCCUGACUUCACAGUCUCAAAGCCUGUGCAAGAGUCUGGACAGCAGCAAAGCCGAAGGAGGGGGCAGAAACCCACAAGUCUCUGGAAAAGAGCCCUGGGGAGUUCUGUGCCCCGAGGGGUUGUUUAUGACUCCCCAGAGAAAAAUACUGAGAAACCUGAAGUGUUUACAGAUGUUAAAGUUCCUCAGCACUACUGUGAGCCAGCUCUCUGCUCAAAAGAACGGUGCACUUCUCACAGGGGUGAGAAGGAAGAGCUGAGUGGGAAACAGCUGGGAGCAGCAGGAGCAGCACCUGUUUCCAGUGAGCACCUUGCACCUGGACUAGCAGAGCAGUAUUUACUCACUCCCUUGCACGUCCUAAAGCAGUUUUCCUCACAGAAGUUUGAUCAGCUGGUAGAAGACUUUCUUCAAAAGAAAGACACACACCCUGAAAAUUAGUGUGACGUUGCUGGUGCUAGUGCAGCAGGUAGCAGUGUUUCAUUCUGCCUCAUGCUC